UUAUAUAAAUUUUGCAGCGAUGUUAGUUUUAAUCUUAAAUGCGUUCACUAAUACUUCUAAUUUUUCUAUUUUCGUUUAUUUGUGAUUAUCCAUGGUAGAAUAUUCCACUUUUGAGUUCUAAAGGCGAGAAUAUCUAACGCGCUCUGACAUUUAUUUCAUGUUAAAUCUUUGUUUAGAUUUUAAUCCUCAGAAUUUGCUGCAAGAACAUUGGAAAAGAAACCAAUUUAAGUUUUUUAUUUUUUUGAGAUUGCGUCACAGCUCUGCUAGUAUUCAAUAACCAUUUUUAUAUCGCACAGUGCAGUUUAUUAUGUACAGUGAUUACAGAAGUGCAUUGCAAGUUUACCUAUUUGAUACUUUUAGUCGUUUAAUUCAUAUUUUAUUUGUGUUUUUUUCUUUAGAAUUGUACUUUAUUUUUUCAUCCUUAUUAUAAUUAGUCUUUAGGGUUCUCUCGUAAUUGUCUACAGAAUUGGGUUGUAGGGCUGUACCAUUUUUUUGAAAAAAUCGUACCGGAGUAUGUGGGUAACGCUACAGGUGUAUUACAUAUAUAGUUACAUCCAUGUCGGCACUGAUGUAGGGAUGAGAUUGUGGCCUUUUUAAAUGAUUCAAACUCUGCGAACAAGUUUGCUUUACAAUCUUGUCGUUGGAGAGUAAGUUUAUGUCCAUGUGUAGUGCCACUACUGGCUUCCACAUUUAGGCUAAGCUGAUGUCAUAUAUUCUCAGACAGAUUUCUUUAUAUUAUGUAUUGUGUAAUUCAAAAUAUAUCAAACUUCUGAUAUAUGUUCAGAAUUUGAUGUAUUUUACAGAUUUUCUGCAUUUAAAUAAAAGACAGAUGUUUAAUUUUCUGACCAAGUUUGGAUCUUUCAUGACUUUGAAUUUUCAGUUGUUAAUUUGGCAUGGUAGCAGUUAAUAUUUUCGGCCAUAUUGUUCCUAUCCUUGAAGCUAAGUUUCCUGGUGAUGUUUCUUUGAGCGGGGACAAUUCAUUACAGUACUAUUUGAUCAAAUUCAUCCAGUGCUUGCCCUUGCUAAAAAAAUCUUUAAAACAUAGCAAGAUGGGCACUUCCUCCCAAAUGAUGACAGAAUCGUGGCAAUGGAAAAAUAUCAGGGUUUAUGGAUUGUGAGUAGAAUGCAUAUUUUUGGGCGUUUUCCAUGAAUUGCAAAUCAGGAUUGGCUGAUAUAUUAAGGAGAUUAAGUUCUCAUUUUCAAGAAAUAGAAAAGGGGAAAUGUCAAGUAAAUGGAGCGACAAGAGUUGGCGGGUUAGAAACUUCAGUAGGAGGAGGAAGCCUGUUAAAUUCUCAAACUUCUGUGAACAUUUCUCUUUUGAAUCAAUCUCUCAAUCUGAGUCAAAGAAGUCCAUUUCUGGAUGCUGCUCUUUCUCUAAUGGGCUAUCGAGUGCCUCAUAUCUGCAAUGCAACAACUGGCUUUCUGGUUAAUACACUUAUAUCUGUUCUUCUAUCAACAAUUACUUGUAAGUUCCUGUCAAAAAGUUCAUAUGGUGCCAUGAAGGAGAAUGGUGCAAAUACAAGUCAUGAUCCAUUUCAUGUAACAUGGCGAAAGGCAGCUGUGGGGAUGAUUUCUGAUUCUUGGCCACUACUUGAUCAAGGGUUCUUGCAAAUUGGGAGCUUUCUAUCAUUCAAUGAUUUUUCUAAACUUCUGGAAGCUUGUGAGAGCAUUUUCAGAAACCUGGAAGCGCAUGGCAAUCUUUCCUCAUUGCUAAUGGAUGCGAUUUUGAGAGUAGCUACAUCAAUGACCUCUUUCAAGGUGCAAUUCCCAUUGUCAUCUACAACCUAUAAAAAAUUCUCAAAGGAGAAAUAUUCACCUUUGAAGUUGCUAAAUAUUUUUGUGAAGGAAGAAGAGGUUGCAGAUCAGAGCCUUAAAUCGUCUAUUAGAUUGCUUGCUUGGCGCCUCCAACCUUCUCUUUUAAAGCAGGAUAUGGCAAACCUUUUGAUGGAAGCCAUGCAAAGGCCACUAUUACACUUGAAGCAUGAACUGCAUCAUAGAGAUGCUUGGCGUUCAAUGGUCCUUAACUUGGCAGCUGCUCCAGAUAUUUCAAUGGAAGCAAGGUCCCUCUUUCAUAAGUGGUUCCUACUUGUAGGUGCAGAUCGCAUAUUGGAAGUAUGCAUCGAAUUGGUUGCUGCAAUAGUUGAUGUGAUUUUACAGCCUAGUGCUUGGGGUAUAUCAGUAGAUGAUGGUGUCAAGCUUCCUAUUUCACAUGCCUUCUUCUGCCUUAGACAGCAACCAUUGUUAGUGGCUUUAAUGAGACCCCUUUCAUAUGGCAAUCUUUUGACAAUAGUUGAUACUUUGGAAGACAUGCAAUCCUUACAAUUAUUUGAUGCUUACUAUUCUGGAGCAGGCACUUUGCCAUGUAUUCCCACUUCUGUUAAGGGGAACUCGUCAUCUGAUUGGCAAUCCAGUGAGAAUUCUUCACUCGUAAAUCAUAAUUCUGCAUGGGCACUUCUUCUGGAGUUUCCAUCAUGGUUUCAUUUUGCAUCAAUGAUACUAUUUAAACCAGAAAAUAUUGAAUGUCCCAACACAGAGCCUGGAUCUAGGUAUCAGGAUGCUGAACAGUUUCAUUCAAAUGAUGACAUUCAAGAUGUUAGCGGAGUGCAAUCAAGUAAACGUGACAGUUCUGAUAAUGCUGCUAAAUAUUUGGGAUGGAUAUUGAGUCCCAUUGAUGCCAUGCAUCGCAGUUUGGUUAUUAGGUCUCUUUUACAAGCAUCAAAAGGUUGGACUAUUUGGAGAUCAAAGCUGCUGAUGUCUUCACGGAGAAAGAGAAUAGAAGAAUGCCAUAGCAAUGAACAUGACAGCUUUAUUUUGAACAGUAAAAAUAAACUAAAAAGGAAAAGAAGCCUUUUCCAUUCUGGAAAUGAAUGUGGGCUGGAUAUCAAACUCAAGAAACCAAAGGUAAAUGCUGUUAAAACUGAUGUGCUUGAGAUGGACAUUAACCAUGGUAUGGAAGAGAAUGAUCACGUACUGAUGUUAUGGCUUGAUGAGUUUAGUGACAUGUGUAGAAAGCUAUGGAUUAGUCCUGUAAUUUCUUAUUCAAUAAACACAAAUGCUUGCAAUGUACCUAGGAAUUAUGAGGGUUGGGACGAAAGUGAAUCCGUUGGGACAUCAGGAAAGGAUGAGAGCUCAAAUCAAAAUAGAUCUUCAGAUACUUGGCUGAAACAAUAUUCAUUCUUGAGAAGAAUUCCUUUUGGACUUUUCCUAUCAAAUGUGGAUAUCUUGGAUGACAAGGCUUGCCACUUGCUUCUUCACUUUGUUGCAGCAGAUAAUGACUUGGCAUUAAUUCCAGGGUCGGCUGUAGAUGCCUACCAGGAAACUAAGGAAAAUCCAUGGCCUUCUGCACAAACUGGUCCGAUUUCAACAAGUUCCUAUGGGAAAAAUGUAAAAACGGAUAAUUACACUGAGGGACCCACACUUCAAACUGAAAUCUCCAAGGAUUCAACGUUAUGGUGUUCUCAGAUUGAAGGGAAAACAAAUUGGACAAGAGUUACAGCAGUCAUUUUCAGCCUUUUUGACAUGAUAGACUCAUAUUAUGGUCUAUUUCAAACUGUUAGUGGCUGUCAACAUUUCUAUUCUGAAGUAAGAGAAAAAGCAGGGAAAUUCUUGGUUACAUGCAUUAAACAAAUAUUAGAAUGUCCAGAUUUCUGGGAUCCAAGAUUGCUGAUUGAUCUGCGAAGCAGAUUCGCCAGUUGGAUUCAACAGAAUGAAGCAAUAUGUACUGAAGUUUCUUUGCACCUAGAUGUUUUGACCUCAUUGGAUUCAAAGAUAUCAUCACUACAAACAAAUCUGUAAACGAAAAUCAGUAUCUCAUUGCAUUCUGGAUUUUUUGAUGAAAAGGAAAUCUCUCGUGUAUCAUAUUUUUCUAGCCCAUAAAUGGGAAUACAUAUCUUAGUCAUUGUUCUA